AUGCCUGAAACUGAAAUUGACAAUUUAACGAAAAUAGAUAAAUCUAAAUACUUAACGUUUCAUAAGAAUGAAACAAAUGAAGAAUAUUUCACGAGAAUUUGCGAAAAGGGAAUAAUAACUAAAUUAGAUUGGAAUGAAUUUGAAAUUAUUCAAGAACCUGGUAUUGGAUGUCCUGGAUUAAUUAUGAAAGCUAAAUGGAAAGUAAGAAAUAUAGAAAUUGUUCUUAAGAAAAUAAUCUGUUUUGAUGGAACGGAGUCGGAUAACCAAGCGUUUAGCAAAGAGAUUAAAGCUUUCCAUGCAAUUGGAGAACUGCUAAAUGAAGAAGAUAAUGAAAAAAUACCACCAAUAGAUCUUUAUCUAGUAUUAGAAUAUGCAAAUCUUCUUAAUUUGCGUUAUUAUUUAAGUCAUAACGACAACGGUAUUUUAGAGUGGAAGCAAAAGAUUGAUAUUGCGAGACAAGUUGUUUGUGGCCUAUAUUUUUUACAUGAAAAUGGAAUUUUACAUCGUGACCUAAAUGUGGUUAUUAAAAAUGACAAUGACAAAAGCUUCGAAUAUAAAAUUAGAGUCAUCAUUACGGACUUCGGACUCUCCAAAGUACUUCCUCGUCUUAGUGAUUCAAAUCAGGAAAUGAGAGAUGAUGGAAAGCCAAUAGAAAAACAGCAAGAUGAUGAGCAAACAACAGAAAAUGAACAAACAACAGAAAAACAGCAUGAUGGUGAACAACCAACAGAGAAACAGCAUGAUGGUGAACAACCAACAGAAAAACAGCAGGAUUGCGAACAACCAACAGAAAAACAGCAAGAUGGGGAACAACCAACAGAAAAACAGCAUGAUUGUGAACAACCAACAGAAAAUCAGCAAGAUGGUGAACAACCAACAGAAAAUCAGCAAGAUGGUGAACAACCAACAGAAAAACAGCAAGAUGGUGAAAAACCAACAGAAAAACAGCAGGAUGGUGAACAACCAAUAGAAAAACAGCAAGAUGAUGAACCGCCAACAGAAAAACAAGAUAAACAAUUAACAAAUGAAAAGCAAGAAGAUAUUCUUGCUAAAUUGUUCAAUAUAUUUACACUUACUUCAGAAAAACUUUCUACUGAAGAGCGUGAGGUGGCUAAACAAUGUGAUCCUG